GCCGCCCUUGCGGAGAGGAGGAAACAGCUGGUGCAACGGCGGCGACAGCAGCUUCGUGAGUCGGAGGGCAGCAGGCGAGCGCAGAGACCCAGGCCAGCCGUAAAGCAUGUCGAGUGACCCACCUCCACCCUACCCGGGGGGACCCUCUGCCCCACUCAUAGAAGAGAAGGAUGGCUACCCUUACCCAGCAGGCGGAGUCUCGCCCGCAAUGGUGCAGCCGCAAGGAGCCCCGCAGCCCCCGAUGGACAUCGGACCCCCGCCGUACGAACCUCCACCGCAGCCGGGGUUCAUCCCCCCGCACAUGGGCACCGAUGGCUCAGUGCCCUACAUGCCACCUGGAGGCUACUACAUGCCCCCAGGACCACAUCCCCCCAUGGGCUACUACCCUCCGGCCGGCCCCUAUGCCCCUGCGGGGGGCCAGACGGCCACGGUGCUGGUGCCCUCGGGGGCUGCGGCCACCGUGACAGUCUUGCAGGGUGAGAUCUUCCAGGCCGCCCCCGUCCCGACCGUCUGCCCGCACUGCCAGCAGGCCAUCACCACCAAGAUCACGCACGAGAUCGGCCUCAUGAACUUCCUGCUGGGGUUCUUCUGCUGCUUUGUGGGGUGCGACUUGGGCUGCUGCCUGAUCCCCUGCCUGAUAGAUGAGUUCAAGGACGUGACGCACACCUGCCCCAACUGCAAGGCCUACAUCUACACGUACAAGCGCAUGUGCUAGCAGUGCCCGCUGGGCCAGGAGAUGUCCACUCCCCUCCUCGCGCCACUGGCCUGACUCACCUGUGCCCAACACUCCCCCCGCUUGUGUCUUUUCCCCUCCCUCCU